CUCUCCCGUUGGUUAGAAUUCGCCACGAAUCCAAGAUAGACCAAUUAGAGCGAAGAUCGCUGAGUUUAAAAUUCCACCGCUUCCACUAAAACGCAUAAGUCACAUGGGCAAACGAGGCCAACCAAUUGUAAUUUGCGUUUGUUGUAAACAGACCGAGCUGGCCAAUAGCAGGGUCCAGAGGUUGUGCUUUUCCUGUUGACGUCAGGGACUAGCUGGGCACCGUUCUGGUGCCAGGAACUGAGGAGUGAAGUGUAGAAGGAAGGAGGAAACCAGGAGGGAACCAGGAGGGAACCAGGAGGGAAGAGGACACUGCAACAAAACAGCACGAGUCACACCGGACAGAGACCCCGUCGCUGAGUUAUGCUCGCAGAGGCAGAGCAGUGAGGUGGAGCGUUUCUCAGACAUGCUGUGUUCUCGGUGUUCGCUCAGAUAGCGAGCUGCUCCCGGACCCGCUCAUCCAAGUUUCGGCUGUAGAAGUUUCCAGCGGCUCGGCUAACCUUUGACGUUACCACCGGGGCUGCGCUCCACUCCUGACCGAACACAACAGAGACAGAAAGCAUGGUGUCCUGGAUCAUUUCGAGGAGCGUUGUGCUGGUGUUUGGGACUCUGUAUCCUGCAUACUACUCUUACAAAGCUGUCAAGACCAAGAAUGUCAAAGAAUAUGUGCGAUGGAUGAUGUACUGGAUUGUGUUUGCCCUCUACACUGUGGUGGAGACGAUCACCGACCUAACACUGGCAUGGUUUCCUCUGUACUACGAGCUGAAGGUAGCCAUUGUGAUCUGGCUGCUGUCCCCCUACACCCGAGGAGCAAGUCUCAUUUACAGGAAGUGUCUGCACCCUCUGCUGUCCUCCAGAGAACGGGAAAUCGAUGAGUACAUUGUGCAGGCCAAAGAGAGGAGCUAUGAGACCAUGGUCAAUUUUGGGAAGCAGGGACUGAGCAUUGCAGCCACUGCCGCUGUCUCUGCAGCGGUCAAGGGUCAGGGUGCCAUCACAGAGAAGCUGCGUAGUCUCAGCAUGCACGACCUCACACAGAUAAACCAGCAGGAUGACAGAGGAGGAAACCAGCUCUACCAGUACAGCUCCCACUCAGCCAACCCCGCCAUCAGGAGAUCUCAGAGCACUGACGCUGCAGACGGAGCAGAGUACUAUUAUGACCAGGAAGAGAGGAGCGACGAAGAGACUGAGCCAACCUUCUCUGAAGACGAGGCUGUUACUCAGAAAGGACUGAGACGAUCGCAGAGUGUCAAGAUCACACGAUCCAGAGUCCGUAAAGAUGCUCGUUAUGGAUCUCUGAAGAUUAAAGGCAAGAAGAGACCAGCACUGAGCUCCAUCAACUAUGGAAUAUGAACAGACUACUGCUCACACACACACACACACACACACACACACACACACACACACACACACACACACACACUACUGACUGGUGGAUGCUAUGUCAGCCUGUUAUUCCAGCUCUUCUCUGUCAUUUAUGAUUCUUCUGACAUAUUUAUUAUGGUAUUCAUCCCAAACCAGGGGCUCUUAGAGAACCUGCUGUCUGUCUGAGAACUCUGAUGGUUUUUCUUUGGGUUGAUGGGGUGGACCUCAUGUUUUGUUUUUGUUGUUGUUGUUGUUUUUGCAUGGACUUGUGUUUCAUCUGUCAUUCAUUGUAGUUUCAUUGUAGUUUUUAGGUAGGAUGUUAGAUGUGUUUAGUCUUUUAAUGUAUUUUAAAUCCACCUGUCAACUUUUUAGUCAUCUUCUAGUUUUAUGGUACCACUUUCUAAUGAGACAGCCUUCAUAAAGAAACCAAAAAGCAAUGGCUUCAGGAGAGUCACAUCAUUUACUGAUGCUUCACAGCACAGUCAUAGGACAUUCACAACAUCAACUUAGAAUUCCAAAAAUCCUUUAGGCUAGUGUUCAUCCUCCUCCAACAUCAGCUUUGUCUUUAACUCUUCAGUUCUUCAGGGAGACGACAGACUGUCAGAUAUCUGGACCAAAAUACAUUAAUAGUGUAACAACGUAUUAAUAUUUAAAACUUUAUAGAUAAUUACAAACUGAAACCUGUGAGCUCUUAUUAAAGCAACAAGCUACUUGGAUGGUUCUGUCUCCAUGACGUGUUGGAAAAGUUACAGUGUUGCUUUAACAUUUGAUCAGAUGAUGUGCUGUAACAGGAAAGGCACACAGCUCAUAGAGCUGCCCUCAUAGAGCUGCCCUCCUAGAGCUGCCCUCCUAGAGCUGCCCUCCUAGAGCUGCCCUCAUAGAGCUGCCCUCAUAGAGCUGCCCUCAUAGAGCUGCCCUCAUAGAGCUGCGCUCAUAGAGCUCUUUUCAUAGAGCUGCUCACAUAGAGCUGCCCUCAUAGAGCUGCCCUCAUAGAGCUGAGCUCAUAGAGCUGCCCUCAUAGAGCUGAGCUCAUAGAGCUCUUUUCAUAGAGCUGCUCUCAUUGAGCUCUUUUCAUAGAGCUGCUCUCAUAGAGCUACUUUCAGCCACAGCAGGCUGCUGUUUUCACUUCCUCCUAUGACAGUCAGCAACUAACUGAAAGUGCGAGAUUGACUAUUAUAUUUUAUCAGCUUUAAAGUCUUACUAACAUAUUUAACUGCAAACAUGACACCCAGCCAAAGACAAUAACAAUGUAACCUUUUUAUCUUAAUGGCUUGUAAUGAUUAGAAAGGCUUAUUAAAUAUUAGUGUUACUUAAUAAACCUUCAUAUAUGUCCUUUAUAAAGAGCAGCUUAUUAAAAUGUGGUACCAGUUUUGCUUCUGCUGCCUUUCAGGUAUUUUAUCAAUGAGGAACUUCCUGGUUCCUGGUUGAACCACUGACACUAGAGUUGGAGUAUGGAGUCCGUUAACCUCAGUAUGGUUCAAUAUACUAAUGAGAGAUCAUUCAUGCUUGUGUAGCUUCAGACACAUGCCACAUUCCCUGCUGUCACUGUGACAGGUGACAAUAUACCAGCAGGUCUACCACGAACCUUUGAGGAGAGAGUGCAGUUGAAUGAAUGAGGUGUGGAGCUGAGCCUGUGUGAAUGAAACACCAGCAGAUGAACACACUCCCUCAUUCCCUGUCAGAGGAGGGAGGCAGUGAACAUCACUGAAGAGAGGGAAACGGAAAGAGAAAAGUGAAUGGAUGAAACAUUCUUCCAUGUUUCUGUGUGGCUAUUUCAGCCUCAGCCUUUAUAAAGUCCCACUUACUAUUAAUGACUUACUGUUUUCCUGCUUUGUACUUGUGUUUUUAUACAGAUGUGUCCUGAUCACAGCCCUGGUUGUAAAUUUCUAGCUGUUCUUCAUGAACAUUAGCUUUUUAAAUGUGUGUGUCUUUGGAUCAAAAUAAGUCUUUUAUAUUGUAAUCACCUGUUUUUGCACAAACGCCUCCUCCCAGAACUUUUUAUCAAUGCUGUCCUUGCUUGUCAUCUCAUUUUAUAAUGUACUUUGCUGCAGGAGGAGGCGGCACACAGCUCGUACCAACGGCCUCUCGUGACAUUUUAAAGUCUGGUUUGUUUUGUACAAACAUCUUUCUACACUUCCUGUUAGGGAACACUUAGCAGAGAGAAGUUUCUAUGAUGCCUGUGUCAGUUAUGCCUCUGCUUCAGCAGUACAUCUGGCUGACGUGAAAUGACAUGUGAUUCAGUAUCGUUCCUAGACAUGACAAAACUGAUGAUUGAAAACAGAUGAGUGAAAGUACAAAUGGAAGUGAUCUCUUUCAGUAUGAUGGUGCAUCUGACCCAGUUGAACGUCAAAAUUAGAAUUUCUAUGUUCAUACAUAUGUAAUACUUAGGCUGAACAUACACACAGACAUGUACUUACCCAGUGUAAUAUGUCCCCUGCUGUCCAUGGUUGUUAAGUAGAACUUAAGAGACUCUCUGAGCUCAGUCAGUAUCUCUGACCAUUGAAGCCAUGCUGGCAUGGCAGGAGAGGUUUUCCACAUUUGAGCUCAGUAAAAGCAGCCGUUUGCCUUAAAGUGAUGUGUCUUUACAUUACAUUUAGUCAUUUAGCAGACGCUUUUAUCCAAAGCGACUUUUAGAGAAGGGAACAAUCAAGGUACGAUGCGAUAAAGUGUGAGUGCAGCAGUAAGUGCUGUGACAGUUCUUAAAGGGGUAGAUUUAUCAUGUUCAGUUGUUGGUAGUGUUGUAGAAGAGGUCCUCUCUGAGGAGCUGGAGGUCUUCAGGAGGUUUUUAAAGGCAGAGAGGGACACCCCUGAUCCAGUAGAAACUGGUAGGACGUUCCACCAACGAGGAACAACAGACGACUUCUCAUCCACCUGUGUGGACACUGAGUGUAUUAACAGAACUGCAUGUCUGUGUCCGAGCAGACCACUGCGCACACACACACACACACACACACACACUGUGUUCUGGACAGUACAAGUCUUAAUCGGUGACAUGGAGCUGCUGAGGUGCAAUAACAAGCCAGACUUUCUCAGGUCAUGAUGUCCAUUUAAUGUUCAUAACUGACUAAUGAUACCAAAGCUUCAUGUACUCACCCCGAUCUGUGUGGCUGGGUUUUUGGUCUGUGUGGGGAUAACGUCUGCUGUGUGUACUGCUGGAUUAUAAAUGCAAUACAAUAAAGAUCGUCCAAUCGCAGUACGGACAAGAAACAAAA